GAUGGCGCUCGGCCGGCGAUCGCCGCUCCGCGCUCCCCGUGCAGGCCGCGGGCCGCCGGGGCAGAGCCGACCCCUUCCCCGCCCCGCGGCUGGGCGGAGGGAGCGCGCACCGCACCGCCCCUCCCGCUCCGACCGGGGGCUAACAAAGUUAAAAAAAAGCAGCCGAACACCCCGAGCCCCCUCAGGCCCGCCAGAGGGGCCCGGCGGCGGUGCGGCGGAGCGAGUUUCUCGGGCAGCAGUCACCAUGAAAAGCAAUAAGGAUAAAGUGGAAAAGCCCAGCAGCAGAGAGUGAAGACUUUGGACAAGCUGAGCUUCCGAAUGCCUAGAUGUAACUGCUCUGGCAGGCCUGGUAGUGCAGCAUGAUUAGGAUGAGGAGGAAGAUACUUUGGGCAUCUUGCUUCUGCUUUGCAGCUGCCUUUUUCCUUGUGCUGACACUCCAGGUUAUCACCGAACUGGGCAAUUCAGAGAAUAAGGUGUCAGUAAUCUCCAGUUUGCACAGCAGCCCAUUAAAGCCUGGGGAGAGACACGCUUUUCAGUUUAAGAUGCAGAAACUUCACAGCAGCUUCAAGGCAGAGUCUGAUGUAAAUCACUAUCCUGUCCUGCUCUGGUGGUCUCCCCUGACUGGAGAGACAGGGAGAUUCAGUCAGUGUGGAGAGGACGUUUGCUUCUUUACUAUAAACAAGACCUACCAGCACAAUCAGAUGACAAGAGCAUUUCUGUUCUAUGGUACUGACUUCAGUAUAGACAGUUUACCUCUCCCUCGUAAAGAAUAUCAUGACUGGGCCCUCUUCCAUGAAGAGUCACCAAAAAACAACUACAAACUCUUCCAUGAAGCAGCCAUCACCUUAUUCAACCACACUGCGACAUUUAGCCGCCACUCUCACCUGCCACUGACCACUCAGUACCUUGAGGGUGUAGAGGUCCUGAAGUCAUUGAGGUUCAUGAUCCCACUGAGGAUGAAAAACAGCCUGAGGAAAAGGCUUGCACCGCUUGUGUAUGUGCAGUCUGACUGCAACCCUCCUUCUGACCGGGACAGCUAUGUGCGCGAGCUGAUGGGCCACAUUGAAGUAGACUCUUAUGGGGAGUGUUUGCAUAAUAGAGACCUUCCUCAGCAUCUCAGAAAUCCAGCUGCCAUGGAUGAUGGAAGCUUUUUAAAAAUACUGGCACAGUACAAGUUCAUUCUUGCUUUUGAAAAUGCUAUUUGUGAAGAUUACAUCACUGAAAAACUCUGGCGGCCACUGAAGUUGGGAGUGGUGCCAGUGUACUUUGGGUCUCCCAGCGUUGUAGACUGGCUUCCUAGUAACAAGAGUGCAGUCCUGGUGUCCAGUUUUUCACACCCUCGGGAUCUGGCCCACUAUAUCAAAAUGCUGGAUACAAAUGAUGAAGAAUAUGAGUCCUACCUACAAUGGAAACUGAAAGGAGACAUUUCCAACCCAAGACUGCUUAGAGCAAUGAAGGAACGUAAGUGGGGAGUGCAAGAUGUCACCCAGGACAAUUAUAUUGACACCUUUGAGUGCAUGGUUUGUAACAGAGUGUGGGAAAACAUCAGACGGGAGGAAAAGGGAUGGCUGCCCCAGAGGUGGGAGGCUCGGGUUAAUCAUCUGAGCUGCCCCAAACCAGAGGCAUUCUGGUUCUCAUCCUCAAACCCUGGCUGGAUUUCUCUCCAAAAGAUGUGGAUACCAAGCUUCGAGCAAUCCAAGAAAGAAGCCUUGGCACUGAGGCACCUGGUGGAAAGAAACAAGAAUUUUACAGCUGAAGAAUUUUGGAUGCUUGUAUUCAAAGAAUAAACAUAAUGGAUCUGUAAAACAGAGUGACUUCCUCAGAGGAGUUCUAUGGAAUUUUCUUUUGCAGGUGACCUUAUCAUUUAGUAUUAGUAACCAUGGGAAGUAGACCUCUGAGACUGAAUUUAGUAUUUUCAGUACUCAAGGGGCACUAAGAAAUGCUAAACAGUAAGAUUAUUCUGCCAGGUAAUAUAUGCACAGAUAUAUAUGCAUAUAUUUAUAUUUAGAAUUAUUUAUAUUAAUUGUCAUUUGUUCAAAUGUUUGAACAUUAAGACCCUGGUUGUCAGGAUUCAUAAAGCCCAGAUUUAAGCACAGAGCUAAUUACCCUGAAGCAGAUGGCUCACCCUCCAUCUUUUGAUACAUACCUGCUUGGUCUCAGGACCCCUUUUUCCCCAGUCCAGGACCCUCCUUUGCUACAUUGAUAGCCACAAGGUGCAGAGCAGCUGACACCAUUGCACAGGUACAGCUUUUGUGCUGCUUUGGAGAUAGGCUAAAAACUUGGGACUAGCUCAGUGUCCCUAGCUAGCUGUUUAUUAUCAAAUUUCCUGGCAUCAGCAGAUUGAAGCAGGGACUUGGCAGGCUUUGUGUCCUGACACUGAGUGCCAAUGUAACGUACAUUAGUGGCUGGCACGAGGAAGCACCAUCUGUUAGUGUCCGGGGACAGAUUGAAUGAAAAACGUGCUGGCUCAGAUUUACCCACCAUCUUUUGCUAAAAAUAAGCAGAGCACAUGAGUAUCUCUACUCCCCAGAAAUAGGGUUGGCUUCGAUCUGACUUAUCUUCUUGCCUUUCUGAUGAUGUAUUUGUGUUCUGAAGAUAGUACUUGUAUCAUGUAUAAACAUGAAAUUAUAUGAUUAAAAGAGCAGGGAUAAUACAGAGUCCAUUGGUGCUGAAAUCUUCAGGUGGCCCAAGGAGAAAUAGGCAGCCUUUCUGUUUUAGCACACAAAACCUCAAAUUACUUAAUCUGACAAAGAAUAAAGCUUGGUGAUCUUAGUCAUCACUUGCCAAAAGACA